AUGACUUAUUCACACUUGAAAUACACCAUGGUGGUCACUUUAAAGCUGGUCAAUAUGUGGGUGGUAUUGUACAAUGGGUUGACAAUUAUACUAAAGAUUAUAUGUCCAUGCUUGAUCUGUAUGAGGCUGCUACAGUGCUUGGGUAUAAUAAAGAGACUGCAGGUUUUUACUAUUGACACCAAAUAAAGGGUUUUUUACGAAUUGAAUGCGAUGCAGAUGUGUUUUAGUGGGUUUCACUCAUAUCUCCUCAAGUUAGGCUGCAUUUGUUAUACUUGGUUGACUUAAGGAAAAUCAUAAACAAUCUUGGGAGUGAUCCGUGUGCAGCUUCCUUUGUUGAUGUGGAUGUUCAGUUUGAGGGGUUUACUGCGGAUGAUGAAUGCGAAGAAAAUAAGAGUGUGGAGGUUGUUGGAGACACUAUAGAAGGAAUAGAUGAAGAGGUUACAGAUUCAGAGACAGAGGAAGAUGACGAUGGGGUUACUCUUAAGUUCAAGGAUUCUGACUAUGAACAAUCCGAGGAAGAUGAUGAUAAAGCUGCAAAAAAUGUAGACGCAAAUGACAUUUUGUUUGAUCAGAUUGCAACAGCUGAUUUUAUUGAAGAAACACAUAAAGAACUUGGUGAGAUCUCCACUGAAGAAUACAAUUCAGAAGAUUUAGAUAGUGUUAGGUCUGAGUCUGAAGAACAUGAAGCCAAUAUGAGGGUUAGAAGAAGACUCAAAACACCUAAGCUACCUCAAUAUAGGAGAGAGAGAUAAAAUUAAUCCCACUCUUCAUCUAGGGUUGGAAUUUCCAAACAUGAAACAAUGCAGGGAGGCAAUAAAGGCUUAUGGUGUGUCUGUUUGUCGACCGCUAGAUUGGGCAGUGAAUGAUUCCAACGGAUUGCUGAUCAAGUGUGCAGGAAAAGCUGCAGUACCUUGUCAAUGGAAAUUGUAUGCCUCUUUUGUGGGGAAGGGACCGACAGUUAGAAUUAAAACUUUUAAUCCUAAACACAUUUGUGUAAGGGAUGAGCAUUCUAAAUUUGCCACCUCUUCAUGGUUAGCUGAUCGGUUUGAUGAGGAGCUUAGAUCAAAACCCGAUAUGAGUGUGACUGGGUUCAUGGAACUUGUGAGAAAGCAUUAUGGUAUUGACAUAACAAAAAAAACCAAGUUUACAAAGCAAAGAGAAUUGCAAAAAAAGUGACAGAAGGUAGUAUAGAUGAGCAAUAUGCCAAGCUUUGGGAUUACCUGGAAGAGUUGAAAGUGAGAAAUCCUGGGAGUACUAUCACAGUAAAAACAGAUUUCCAAGGUGAAAACCCCGUUUUUAAAAGGUUGUACAUAUGCUUUGCUGCAUUGAAGAAAGGCUUUCAAGAAGGGUGUAGGUCUAUAGUGGGUUUUGAUGGAUGUCAUAUUAAGGGACCCCAUCCUGGUCAGAUCCUAAGUACUGUUGGUGUUGAUGCCAAUAACGGCAUGUUUCCAAUAGCAUUUGCUGUUGUGGAGGUAGAAAAUAGGGAGACUUGGACUUGGUUUUUGGAGAUCUUUUUCGAGGAUAUGGGAAUUGAGAAUGGAAAUGCUUGGACCUUCAUCACUGACAAACAAAAAGGGCUAGGCGAUGAUAUACGGAGUCUGAUGCCUGCUGCAGAACACAGACAUUGUGUUAGACAUUUGCAUAAUAAUUUUAGAAGUGCAGGUCACACCGGACUUACCUUAAAACAGAGAUUGUGGGCAGCAGCAAGGGCAACUAAUGUACCUACUUAUGAAGCUGAAAUUGAGGUGAUGAAUAAUCAAUCUGAUAAGGCAGUGAAAUGGCUAGCUGAUAAGCCACCUUGCCAUUGGAGCAGAUCUCAUUUCAGAACAUCGGUAAAAUGUGAUUUGUUAUUGAAUAACAUGUGUGAGUCAUUUAAUUCUGCAAUUUUAGAUGCAAGAGAUAAACCGAUUAUUACGAUGUUACAAAGGAUUCAAAAAUAUUUGAUGUUGAGAAUGGCUAGGCUAAGAGAAGCUAAGUGGACCCAACAGGUUAGACCUAGAAUUUUAAAGAUUGUUGAAAAAAAUCAAAUGGAUGGUUUCAAUUGUUUUGCCAAUUAUUCAGGGAAUGGUCAAUAUCAAGUGCAUACUUUGCUUGGUAGUAUGUUUGUAGUAGAUUUGGAAAGGCACACUUGUUCUUGUAGGAAGUGGCAGCUAUGUGGCAUUCCUUGUCCUCAUGCUAUAUCCGCAAUUGCUAGGAAGGAGGCUAGUCCACAAGUGUUUGUUCACUCACUUUACAAAAGGCCAGCUUAUGAUAGGUGUUAUGAAGGGUAUAUUGCUCCUAUGCCUGGAAAAGAACAGUGGAAGAGAACUGGACUUAGGCCUAUUAAACCCCCUUUUUACCACAAGCAACCUGGAAGACCUAAAGGCAAAAGAACAAAAGCACCAGAUGAGAUAAAGAAGGGGCCAACAAAGCUAAGGAAAUAUGAUGUUGUAAUGCAUUGCCAAACCUGUGGAGAGGAAGGACACAACAAAAGAAGAUGUCCACAAAGGCUACUACAAUCACAACAAGGUUUUGUGCCCACAAAAGAGGAAACUGGUGCACAUCAUCACUCGGGGGCCGCUCCAUCUCAAACUAGGCCACAAGGAACUUCUAAACUACAUGUAUACCGAGGCGGUCGUGUGAAUCAAGUCACAAGAAAGGCUAAUGAAAUGGCAUCACAACCUCAACGUGUUGCCAAAAAACCAAGACCAUGGAGAGUAUAACUAUAAUGUGUUGGAAGGCAUUUCGUCCUGUUAAUGAAAACCUUUGGUGUUGAGAUUAAGUUGGUCUUUUAAUAGGAUUAUGCAGCAGAUUUUUUGUAGAUGUUGUUAAGUCUGUUGCAUAUUUUUUGUGGAUGCUAGGUGCAAGGCUGUUAAGUCUGUUGCAUAUUUUUUGUGGAUGCUAGGUGCACGGCUGUUUAGGCUGUUAAGUUAGGUGCACGGCUGUUUAGGCUGUUAAGUCUGUUGCAUAUGUUGCAUAUUUUUUGUGGAUGCUAGGUGCACGGCUGUUUAGGCUGUUAAGUCAGUUGCAUAUUUUUUGUGGAUGCUGUUAACUUUAUUAAAGCACUUGAAGUAAGAAUCGUUAAUUUCAUUUUGGUAAA